CAUGAACUUACAAGAAGAUAAACCUCUGUCUCAAUGAGUAUCACUCGUAUCCAUUACCCGCCAAACUUCCUCUUCUUCCUUCUUCUUCUACACAAUUUGAAUCAAUGUCAUCUCUUGAUGUAUCCUCACAUGUUUCUCUCUCUAGAAUUCUUUCUCUCUUCGCUCCAGUAUCCAGAUUCUCUCAAUCUUCUUCGCUCUUUCUCCCAACUUCCUCCUCCAAUCCAUCUCUGUGUCUAUCAGCCGUAUCUUUUCACCGCCGCCGUUGUAAAGCCACUAUUCCAUCGUGUAGUCAAUCUGAAGGAGAGUUUGAAGCAAUAGACGAAGAGUUAGCGGAAAUUGAAGAUGAUGUGGAGUCUGAUUUUGAAGAUGUAAGUGAUGAAAACUUGGAUGUGGAUGAGCUCGAAGUGGAGGCGGAAAUGGCCGUUCGUGAAUUCUCGCUUUCUUUAUCUAAGGAAUUGAAAAUCGAAGAGGAGCCGAUUGGUGAAAAAGAAACUCGUGGAAGAAGGAAGAUGCGUGAAAGUAUCAAAGUCGUGAAUAUACCUGAUCAUCUUCUUCCAAAGGUUUCAAUUGUUGGAAGACCAAAUGUUGGCAAAUCAGCAUUAUUCAACCGCCUUGUUGGGGGAAACAGGGCUAUAGUGGUCGAUGAACCUGGGGUUACUAGGGAUAGGUUAUAUGGUAGAGCCUUUUGGGGAGACAAAGAAUUUAUGAUGAUUGACACAGGAGGUGUUCUCAAAGUUUCAAAGUCACAAACUGAUGUUAUGGAACAACAAUUAUCUGUCUCAACAACAAUUGGCAUGGAAGGUAUUCCACUUGCUUCCAGAGAGGCUGCUGUUGCCAGGAUGCCUUCAAUGAUUGAGAGGCAAGCUACUGUGGCUGUAGAAGAGUCAUCAGUCAUCAUAUUUGUAGUUGAUGGACAGGUAGGCUUGAAUGCAGCUGAUGUGGAAAUAGCAGAUUGGCUCAGAAAGAAUUAUUCAAAUAAAUGUAUUAUAUUAGCUGUUAAUAAGUGUGAGUCUCCACGCAAAGGAAUAAUGCAAGCAUCAGAGUUUUGGUCUCUUGGAUUUACACCACUUCCUAUAUCAGCUAUUUCUGGAACAGGAACCGGUGAGCUUCUUGACUUUGUUUGCACAGGCUUAGGAAAAACCGAGGAUUCCAAUGUUGAAAACAAAGAAGAAGACGAAAACUACAUUCCUUCAAUUUCAAUUGUAGGAAGACCAAAUGUUGGGAAAAGCAGCAUUCUCAAUGCUUUAGUUGGUGAAGAUAGAACAAUUGUUAGUCCAGUUAGUGGAACCACACGUGAUGCUAUUGACACUGAGUUUGAAGGACCAGAUGGCCAGAAAUUUCGUUUGAUUGAUACUGCUGGGAUUAGGAAAAGGGCAGCAGUAGCUUCAUCAGGGAGUACAACAGAGGCUUUGUCUGUUAAUCGAGCAUUUCGUGCAAUUCGGCGUUCUGAUGUGGUAGCUCUUGUUAUUGAGGCUUUGGCAUGUAUCACAGAACAGGAUUACAAGAUUGCAGAAAGGAUAGAAAAGGAAGGAAAAGGUUGUCUAAUUGUUGUCAACAAGUGGGACACAAUUCCAAAUAAAAACCAACAAACAACAUUACAUUAUGAGGAAGAUGUUAGAACAAAGCUGCGUAUCCUUAAUUGGGCACCUAUCGUUUAUUCAACUGCAAUAACUGGAAACAGCGUUGACAAAAUCAUUGUUGCUGCAAGUGCGGUUGAAAGCGAGAGAUCAAGAAGGCUUAGCACAGCCACUUUGAAUCAAGUCGUUCAUGAAGCUUUAGCUUUUAAAUCACCUCCAAGGACUAGAGGUGGAAAAAGAGGACGCCUCUAUUAUUGCACUCAGGCAGCUAUUAGGCCACCUACAUUUGUUUUCUUUGUGAAUGAUGCAAAGCUUUUCCCUGAAACAUACCGCCGUUACAUGGAGAAACAAUUAAGAUCCGAUGCUGGAUUUUCCGGUACUCCAAUUCGUCUUUUAUGGCGCAGCCGUAAGAAAUCCGAGAAAGAUUUUGGGCAAGGGCCGGUGUCAAAACCGAAAUCAAACUUCACGCAUAAGAAGUUGGUUGUAGCUACAUGAUCUAUUAAUCUUGAAGAGAAAAAGUGAGGUAAGGUUAAUAGUUUCUUAAUGAUUGUAAUUCACUAUUGUCGUUGAGUAAAUAUGUGAACGCUAAGAGCAUUUUCAUGAUUUACAAGAAGCGGCAUUGGCCUCACCCGAAGCUUUUACAUUUUGUCACAUCAGAUUUUGAGUAACUUUAUAUAGCAAUAAAUUAUUUUCAUAAACCAUUUCCACAAGAUAUUUUUGAAAUUAUCUUAGUUUUAUUCGUAUCUUUGUGAAAUGUUUUUUUUUUUUAUUUUUAUAAACACU